AUGUACUCUUAAAAACCUCCUUCAUAAAUGUCUAGAUCUAGCAGUCUUAGAAAGCAUCCUUAAUAACCACAGAAUCAGAACUACAACUAUAUGAAUUCGGCUAAUGGAGUUAUGCAAGUAUUUCAAGGAGGAGCAUCUGGAUAAAGACCAAUCUCAGGUUAUUCAGUAGCGAAAAGUACACAUCCAUCAGUGCUUUAAGAUAAUAUGAACAUGACAAGCAAGCAGAACAUAGCUAAUCAUACUUCCUAGAAUUAUUCAUGUAAUUACUAAACUUAUGAUUUACAACUAUUAGUCUAUAAUUUUCAUCAGAAUGGUGGAGUGCUGCCAAGUGACAAGUAUGUCAAGCAAAAGGAACUGUCUUCAAUUAGACCUAAAAGUGUGGAAUAGCUCGCUCGAUAAAGGAUACUUAAGAGAAAAGAAUAUUUAGACCAGCAUUUCAAUGACAAUCCAAAGAUGAUAACUGAGGGCAAUGAACCCACGAUUGAGUAAAAGUUGCAAAUUGAGCAACAAACACAGCCUUCUAUUAAUAUAUUCAACUUUGAAGAAAAAGAGAAAAGGAUUAUCAAUAUACAAUCUUCUACUCUUAGCUCUGCAGUAGAUACAAAGCAUGCAUAGAAAUAGAUGUAACCUAGAGGCAAAUAAGUUGCGGAUUGCUAGAAUCAAAUGACAAGAGUAGAUCCUUAAAGGGCUUAGCCAAAGAAAAAGAAGGAAGUAGAUCCAGAUAAGUAGUAUGAGUUCUUUUUUGAGAAGUAUUUGGAUGAAAAUGAAAGUGUAUCUUCAAAGAAUACCGACAGGGAACUUCAAAAUACGCUUGCCCAAAGAGUGUAGCAUUAGCAAACAGCUUCAUUCUAAGAUAAAGAAAAGAGCAGUAUAUCUCAUAUAGUAAUUCCAUUUCAAUAGUCAUAACAAGAAAUCUAAAUGAAGAAACAACAUGAGGAGUAAAGCAAAGCGAUUCUUGAUGCUAAACUAAAGAACAUGAAUAAGUAUUAGGAGAUACUUGGAGAACUGGCUCAACUUAAAGAUGAAACAGCAAAUGAACUUGAUGAGCUAGAGAAGGAAAUGUAGAAUAAUACCAUUGAUUCUGUUAUUAAAAUAGAAAAGAAACCAUUAGCUAUAUUAAGGAUGACAUAAUAUGAGAAGAAGACAGUGCACGAGCACAUCAAAGCAAAUUACCUCACAGAAUCCUCUGUGUAGCAGCAAACUUUAGAAUCAUUCAAGGAUUUCCAGAUGAUAGCGCCUUUUACAAAUAUAGCUGAACGUAUCAAUAUUUAUAGCACUCUUAAGACUAAACUGAAUAAGACUAUUAUUAAGCAGUAAGAAGCUGAGCAACAACUUGAAGCAGAAUUGAAACAAAAGCGCUUUAAAGAAUAGCAUAGCAAGGUUAAAGAGGAUUUGAAGAAACGAAGUGAGCAGAUAAAGAAUGAAAAGAUUAAGAAGUAGAUUAAGGAGCAAGAAGACAGCUUGAAGAAUCAAAUCAAGAAAAAAGAAGCUUUGCAGAGAUAGAUCAUGAGAAGGAAAAUAGAAGCUUAGGAAAAGCAAAGCAAAAUGCAACAGAGAAGAGUAAUUAAGCAUUUCAUUGAGGAAAAUAAGAAUCAAGUCGGAGUGAUAACUGACAAAGCUAAAAUGCUGAUGAUAGAAUAGCAGUAUGAUGACAAUACGACUGAGUAUUAGCAGGAUGAACUGACUAAUCUGGAGAUUGAGAGGCUUUAGCAUGAGAUCAUGAACUCUAAGCAGCUUUUAGAGAAGUAGGAGAAGUUCUUGCUCGACUAAGUAUACCAAGAUAUGCUGAAAGAUAAGUAUAAUGGCUAUGGUUAAGCCAUUCCUUAUCUAGAAUCAAGUUAGAUGCAUUCAGAUAAACUCAAUGACACUGAAUCGAAUAACAACCAGAAUUAGUAGACUCCAAAUGAGCAAUCACAGUCAAACUUGCAUCAGAGGUCAGAGUAAUCCUUAUAUGAUAUGAUUCCACUGUCCAUGAAUGAUAAGAUCAUUGGUCUUGAGCAGAUCGAUGAAGCCUAGAAGUAGACUCUGGCUGAGAUACAGUACUAUGCAAAUGAGUAAUAGAUACUGGAAUAAAAACUAAGAGAGCAAGAGUAAAUGUUGUAGAUUGUGAUGAGAGAUAUUUAAGAGCGAGAGAAGCUUUUGACAUAUGUUUAUGGUGAUCAUGUGAAUCCAUCAAAUAACUAGACUUUAAAUGAAAUUGAAGGUUAAAAUAUUAACUAUAACGGCAUUGAGGAAGUUGAAGAAGAUGAUGAGCCUUAAGAAUGA